UCUCUAUGAACUAUCGCGCUGACUGUCGCUUUCUCUCUCUCUCCUUCGCACCAUAUUCGCGAGUCAGCCACACAGUUUUUUUUCUUUCCACACUGGCAGAAUCAUUAAUAGGAGUCUUCAAUUGCGAUUUUUAAUCAAAAGAAGAUCAACAAGAAGAUACGAGCGUGAGAUGAGCGAAACUAUUAACACUGGGGCGCAGUUCCCGACAUUCGAGAAACCGACCGUGCAGUUCAACGAAAAGGGCUGGGGACCAUGCGAGCUGCCGGAUACGUUUAAGGAUGUGCCAUACCAGCCAUUCAGCAAGAACGAUCGCCUCGGCAAGAUAUGCGACUGGACCAGCACCUCGAACAACGACAAGAAGUACCAAAACAAAUAUGCUUCUACCUUUGGUACCGGCAAUCAAUACGCCUACUACCAUGAAGAGGACGAGACAACGUUUCAUCUGGUGGACACGGCGCGCGUCCAAAAGCCACCGCAUCAACGCGGUCGCUUCCGCAACAUGCGCAACUCGCGUUCGGGACGCGGUCGCAAUGCUCGGGGUGGCCUCAACACGCAUGGUCAUGGCAUGACCACGCUGAACAGCAAGAAUGUGAAGGCACGCGAUACGCGUCGUGGUGUUGGCAAGCGAUUCGGCCAUCGUGGUCCGCCACCCAAGAUGCGCGAAUCUUCGGUUGCUGUGCGCGCCGACUGGGCGUCCAUUGAGGAGAUGGACUUUCCGCGUCUCAUCAAGCUGUCGCUGCCAAACAUCAAGGAGGGCGAGGACAUUGCUACUUGCGGCACCCUGGAGUACUACGAUAAGACGUACGAUCGCAUCAAUGUGAAGAACGAGAAGCCGCUGCAGAAAAUUGAUCGCAUUGUGCACACGGUGACCACCACUGAUGAUCCGGUCAUACGUCGUCUGUCCAAGACGGUUGGCAAUGUGUUCGCAACGGAUGCCAUUCUGGCCACCAUUAUGUGCUCGACACGCUCCAACUACUCGUGGGAUAUUGUCAUCGAAAAAGUUGGUGAGAAGAUCUUCAUGGACAAGCGCGAUCAUACGGAAUUCGAUUUGCUGACGGUGAAUGAGUCGAGCGUGGAGCCACCAACCGAUGAUGAUAGCUCGUGCAAUUCGCCUCGUAAUCUGGCCAUUGAGGCCACAUUCAUAAAUCACAACUUUAGCCAGCAGGUGCUCAAGACCGGUGAUCAAGAGGCGAAGUACAAGUUUGAGGAAACCAACCCAUUUAUCAGCGAGGAUGAGGACAUACAGGUGGCCAGUGUGGGCUAUCGCUAUAAGAAAUGGGAGCUAGGCAGCGAUAUUGUUCUGGUGGCGCGCUGCGAACAUGAUGGUGUGCUACAAACGCCCAGUGGAGAGCCCCAGUUCUUGUCCAUCAAGGCACUGAACGAGUGGGACUCGAAACUGGCCAAUGGUGUUGAGUGGCGUCAAAAGCUGGACACACAACGUGGCGCCGUGUUGGCCAACGAGCUGCGAAAUAAUGCCUGCAAACUGGCCAAGUGGACCGUGCAGGCGGUGCUCGCUGGUUCCGAUCAGUUGAAGCUGGGUUACGUUUCGCGUAUUAAUCCCCGUGAUCAUUCGCGUCACGUCAUCCUGGGCACACAGCAGUUUAAGCCGCACGAAUUUGCCACACAGAUCAAUCUGAGCAUGGACAACGCCUGGGGCAUUUUGCGAUGCAUCAUUGACCUAGUAAUGAAGCAGAAGGAUGGCAAAUACUUGAUCAUGAAGGAUCCCAACAAGCCGAUUAUACGCUUGUACGAUAUACCCGAUAACACAUUCGAUUCCGAUGAUUCGGACGAUGGCGAGGGAGAUGAUGGUGAAGCUUUCCAGCAGGUCUACAACUAUGCCAACAACAGCAAUAAAAUUUAAACAAUUGCGUCUCAUUUCGAUUUCAGUUCCCAAGCACACAGACAAACAAUUUACACCAACUCGUAUUUAAUCAUAUAAAAAAACAAAAACCGGUUAGCAAUGCCAAAUCACAAUAACAUUACUGUAUUUGGCAUUCGUACUAAUCAAUUGAUUUUAAGUUGGCCAAUUAAAGGACAGAUUGGAAAUAAA